AUUACGUUGGCCACAAUUUUAUCCUUUAUAACGUUCUUCUCUCUCUCUCUCUCCCACUUCUCCAAAGAAUCAAAUUUCAGAAUUACACGAUUUGAUUUCAAUCAAAGUUAAAAACUCCAUUAACCCAGAACCAGAUUAUCCUCUCCCACCCAAAAAAGAUAAAAAAUGGACGGAAAUCAAGGGGCUGAGUCAACCUCCGGCGACCUGAAGAGCCCACUGCUACCAAUCCAAGAUCCCACAGAGAGUUCAUCGCCGGACAUCCAUUGGUCUCUGACAUCAAUUCUCACAACCAACAAUCUCUUCAUCCUCUUAGGACCUCUUUCCUGCGCAGCCAUUAAACUCUUCGUGGAGCUUGAUGGGUCCAAACCCGGCACUAGCACAGACAUGCUUGCCGUGCUUGCCUGGAUUUUCCUCUGGUGGGUCACCGAAGCAGUACCCAUACCAGUAACCUCUAUGUCUCCUCUGUUCCUCUUCCCACUCUUUGGAAUUGCUCCCGCCGAUGAUGUAGCACAGACUUACAUGGACGAUGUCAUCGCUCUCGUCCUCGGUAGCUUCAUUCUCGCUCUCGCCGUCGAACACUAUAACAUCCACCGAAGACUUGCCUUAAAUAUAACGUUGUUGUUCUGCGGAGAUCCAUUGAAGCCAAGGUUGUUGCUUUUAGGGAUUUGUGGAACAAGUGCAUUUGUGAGUAUGUGGAUGCACAACGUUGCAGCGGCGGUGAUGAUGAUGCCGGUGGCGACUGGGAUUUUAUCGAGACUCCCAACACAUUCCGGCAGAUCGGACGAAAUCAGCCGCUUCUGUAAAGCGGUGGUGCUCGGCGUUACCUAUGCGGUGGCUAUCGGAGGGAUGAGUACCUUGACCGGUACCGGAGUUAACCUCAUAUUGGUUGGAAUGUGGAAGAGUUACUUCCCUGAUGCAGAGCCUAUCAGUUUCAGUACCUGGUUCUUCUUUGGAUUCCCUCUGGCUUUGAUCAUCUUUUUCGCCCUGUGGAUCAUACUCUGCUUCUUUUACUGUUCUUCUCGAUCUGGGAUUGCGCUUUCUGCUUACUUGCACAAGAGUCACCUGAGAAGAGAGCUCGAAUUGCUGGGUCCAAUGGCUUUUGCAGAGAAGACGAUAUUGGCUGUGUUUUCGAUGCUUAUAGUUUUGUGGAUGACAAGGAGCAUAACUGCUGACAUUCCAGGAUGGGGUGUUCUCUUCAAUGGACGAGCAGGUGAUGGAACUGCUAGUGUGAUGAUGGCUACCUUAUUGUUCAUUAUUCCUAACAAGAAGCAACAGGGAGAGAAGUUGAUGGACUGGAACAAAUGCAAGAAGCUCCCUUGGGGAAUGGUCCUCUUACUCGGGGCUGGUUUCGCCAUUGCCGAUGGUGUUAAGAGGAGUGGCCUUACAGAUGUAUUAUCCAAAAGCUUAGAUUUCUUAGAGGAGGUUCCUUACCUUGCCAUUGCCCCUGCUGUGUGUCUCAUCAGUGGGACUAUCACUGAAUUCACCUCAAACAAUGCCACCACCACACUCGUAAUUCCGAUCCUCGUCCAGUUAGCAAAGGCAAUAAAGUUGCACCCACUUCUUUUUAUGGUUCCUGGAGCAAUUGGUGCCCAGUUUUCUUUCCUUCUCCCAACUAGUACACCCUCCAAUGCUGUAGGAUUUGCAACCAGGCACAUAGAGAUCAAAGAUAUGAUAAAGAUUGGAUUACCACUCAAAGUAGCUGGAAUUGCUGCUGUAACUCUCAUAAUGCCUACAUUAGGUGCCUUUGUCUUUGGGACAAAUAAACAAGUCCAACAGCGUGCAACCUCCAUUGCACUGCAUACAGCUCAAUAAGUCUUCUGGGUAAGGGAACAAGCGCCAAAAGUGUGGGAUGGCCAGCAGUACCAUACAUGAUACACCAAACCCUGUCAGUCUGUCCAUCUCCAAAUCAAAAUGGAGGAAGAAAGAGAAAGGGAAGAAGGGCAAGAGAAAACAAAUACAUUCUGAAAAUCUCUGAAUCAUAAAUAAACAUUCAUGCAGCCAUUCAUUGUAUGUUCUUGAUUAUUUUCCCCCUCCAAUAUGUGUAAGAUUUGAUUCAUGUCAUAGGAAGAUCAAAGUUCUAUGGUUUUUGGCUUUCUUUUCCCAAAAUGUGUAAGAUUUGAUUCAUGGAAUAGAAAGAUCAAAGGAAUUCAUCAAA